AUAACUCCUACCUCGAGUUUGAAUAUUCUGGAUAUCACAAAAACCUCAUCCAGUAAUUGUUUAGACAACUUCAGUUCUGCGGCAGUAACAGGAGGCUUUUCGCUUGACACAAUGCUCCAAGCACCAAAGAAUUAUAACAGCUCCUAAACUAUAACGCAAAAUAGAGUUACAAGCUGCUACACUUCGGAAAACUGAUUUUCUUCUCUUUCAGCGUCUCCAUGCAGCUCAAUGUGUUUGACAUAAGUCAAUGGCGGAAUAUCUGGAUAAUGCCAUCAAACAGGUUCUAAGAGACAAACCAAAAGAUGAAAUCAAAAUAAUGGAUGCUGGAGCAGGAACAGGAAAUGUUGGAGUCGAACUUAGUAAACUCGGCUACACUAACCUGCAUGCUCUAGAUAUUUCACAAGGAAUGCUAGAUGAAGCAAAGAAGAAAAAUGUGUAUAAGAAGGUCAUCUGCGCCGCUUUAAACGAUCAGCGGAUUCCCGAGAUUGAAACAGGAGAGUUUGACGCGUUGAUUUGCUGUGGUACGCUGGUGCAGGGGCAUGCGCACUCCAAUGCUUUUGCGGAGAUGAUUAGGAUGGUCAAAAUUGGUAUGUUUUCCUGGCUCAGAUAAAGUGCAAAACAAAGUGAGGUCGUAACGAA